CUGCCAAUGACGAGGAAUGGUGGUGACCUGCAAAGUUCCUGCGUUGAAAAAGUGUCUCUGUGCGACACUCACAAUCCGUUGGGGUUCGUUUAUGUUCCUGCUGGCGACCGCUUCCUCUAUUCCUGGGAGCAGUCAACUUUAGGAGUCCUGUUGUCGAGCCAGCCGAGUUCGCUGCCUGCCUUUGCAUGUGCGUGACGACCCCGCUCGUGAUACACUAAAGCAAUGACAGCCACAACCCCGAGAAAUGAGGGGCACGAAGCCUCGACAGAUUCCGCAAGCAAGACUCCCCAUCCCACCAUGAAUGGCAACUCCUCAACUAUGACUGCUCCAGUCCUUCCUGUCACCAAAGUCCCGGCGCUGGACACGGUCGAUCAUUAUGCCGUGCAAAAAUCCGGCGGUGACGCGGUAGCGAUCAGCCCACCGAUCGAGCUGGCCUGCCACUCCGACUUUCAAGAUGUCGCAAACAGUCUGAUUGAAGGCUACGCCCGUUUUGUCUCUGGGUUUACUGGAUCCGAGGAUGUGGCCUUCUUCAUGUCUCAGUCGAGCCUCGCCAGCGAGUCCGAGCCGUUACGCGGGGUUAUUUCGGCUUCCAUCGUUGCGGGGGAAGAGGGGCAGCGCCCAACAUGCGCCAUCCGCGAUGCCAGCCAACAGCACGCGGAUGGAGGCGAGGUACAGUUUUCUCUACAUCUGGGAUUGUGCACCGAUCCUGAAAAUGGCGGGCAACAACCCCUUGCGGGAGUUCCAGACGGUACCUUCGCGACAUUCAUUAAGCCUGUCGCAACGAAAGAAGCCCUCCAAAUCCGUUUCGCCUAUCCCGGGCGGCUUAUUCCUGAGCCUGCGGUGGACCAGGUGCUUCGAACACUUGCGACGCAUCUGGCCAACUCCAGUCCCUCCCUUUCCGUUGAGGCCUCGUUGCCCGACCUUUCGAUCCUUAAUUUCCCCCCAUUUACGAUACCCCCAUCACGAGAAAACGAACAAAACGAAUUUAUUGAGCCUGACGAUUCCAAGCAAUUUCUUCUUCAUACCGCUUUCGAGAGCUGGGCCCGUCGAAAGCCUAAUGCCAUCGCACUUGACUUUGUUCAUUCUUUGCCUUCGGCGACGGCUGCAGCCGAGCACAGCAUUGUCACUUAUGCCGCCCUUGACCAAGCAGCCACCAAUCUCGCUGUACAUAUCAGGUCCCUCCUAUCCGCAAAUAACGUGGCAGAUUAUGGACGUAUCGUCCCUGUCUACAUGUCAACAUCCCCCGAACUCUACAUCUCAUACCUCGCUAUUCUCAAGGCGGGUUUCGCCUUUUCUCCCAUUGCCCAGGACGCCCCAGUACAGAGAGUUCGGGACAUUCUGAAGGACAUAGACUGUCCUAUCAUUCUGGGGAAUACUCCUGAGCCCGCCUCAGGGCCAUGGAGCGCAGAUAGCGCCGAUGGCGAUGCCGUCAAGCAUGUUUGGGUUGACGUUGCCGAGGCCUCGAAGUGGAAGGAACUGAGAGACGGUCUCGUCGAGCCUUCUGCUCAGAUUGAGCCUGUGGAGCAACUGGACAUCAUGCAUGACCAGACCGCGUAUCUUCUCUUCACCAGCGGCUCUACUGGAAAACCGAAAGGUGUCCAGGUCAGCCACUUAGCUGCUGCCUGCUCCAUCGAGUCUCAUGCUACAGCUAUUCCACUUCCAGGUGAGGCAGAGGGUGACUUUCGUUGGUUUCAAUUCGCCGCUCCCACCUUCGACCCCUCGCUCAUGGAAAUCUUCGUCACUUUGAGUAGCGGCGCUACUCUCUGCUCUGCUGACCGGAGCCUAACAUUGACCGAUCUGGAAGCAACUGUCAACGAGGCUCGAGCGACUGUGAUGAUGGCCACGCCUAGCUUGGCCGCGCUUCUCCGGCCAUCGCGGUUAAGCACGCUUCAGUCUCUCUGGACUAUGGGUGAGAAGCUCAACCGGACAGUCAUCGAAAACUUCUCCGCAAAGCCUCAUGUGAACGGAACCAAUACAGACUCUAAGCCCUCACGAAUGUUGGUCAAUGCCUACGGCCCUACCGAAGGAGCGAUCAACUGCACCUUUCUGGCGCCGGUCAGCUAUUCCGUCCGUGGCUCGAUUAUUGGUGAAGCACUACCGACCUGUUCAAUGUUUGUUUUGGACCCAAACAGCCAUGAUCCGAAAGUGGUUCCCGCUGGCCUUGCUGGCGAGCUGGCGAUCGGAGGUCCUCAAGUCAGUAAAGGCUAUCUCAACCGUCCAGUGGAAACCGCCAAGUCAUUCGUUCAUAGUGCCCAGUUUGGCCGUUUGUAUCGGACCGGUGACAUGGCUCGGAUUGUCUGGGACGAGUCCGGAUCCCAGGUCAUUGAGUUUCUUGGUCGGAUCACGUCCGACCAGGUCAAAGUCAGCGGUCGCCGCCUCGAAUUGGGUGAAAUUGAAUCAGUUCUUGCGACGGUCCGCGGUGUCACUGAGGUUGUGGCCGUGUUAUCAAAACGCGAUGACGUUCAGGGCAGUGAACAAAUUGUCGCAUGUCUGGUUGCAAGCGACGACAGCGAAGUAGAACGAGAGAGAAUUGUUUGGGAAGCGCAGCAGAGCACCGAGCGGCACCUCUCGUCUUACAUGUGCCCGUCGUCUUAUACCUUUUAUGAUGUUCUUCCCAGGUCCAGCUCCGGCAAGGUUGAUCGCAAGGCCAUAUCUGCAAGACUACAGCAAGCAGUUGAGAAUAAUGUCGGAUUCUAUCAUGCUCCCAAAUCGAAGCCUGGCGAAAUAAACGGGGUGCAUGAUGAGUGGGAAACACCCGACGACGAAAGCCUGUUGUCUAUCAGGCAACUUGUGGUGAACUUAGUUGCGGAGGCCACAGAUGAGGGUGCUUCGGCUAUCGGGCCUGAGACUGAUCUAUAUUCCCUCGGUGUUGAUAGUUUGGGAGCGAUGCGCCUCCUGCAAAAACUGAGAGAUCACUCCAUUGAAGGCUUAUCGGUUGGCGAUGUUCUACAGUCUGGGACGCCCAAGGCGUUGGUCUCGGCCAUCGCGCAGCAACGUCAAGCGAACGGGAUUUCACAUGCCAAUGGGCUCGAAGGCACCUUACAACACAUACUUGCAGCCUUUGGAGACCGGAAACUUUUGGUUUGUGCGGAGAGACUGGGCCUGAUCCCUGAACAGAUUCAGAAGGUGCUUCCAACCACCGCAACGCAGUCCGGCAUGUUGACAAGCUUCCUUCAAACCUUGUCUAGUAAUACCUUUGCAACUCGCUCGUACAUCUAUCACUCGGUUCUUCCACUUGAGCCGGAAGUCGAUGUCGACCGCAUCAAAAGCGCAUGGGGAACUGUCAUUGCAAACUAUGAUUCCUUUCGGACGGUUUUUUGCGGGGUUGAUGAUGAUAUGGCACCGUUUGCACAGUGCAUUCUAGCUCCCGGGACUAACUUUAGGGACAUUUGGAAUGUAUACCACGUUACAGAGGAUUCUGAAGAAGACAUUCUACAGCGAGCCCUUCAACAAGCAGAAGAGUCGAUUGAUUUAAGUACCCCGCCUUGGAGGCUGUCUCUAGUCACGUCUUCUACAUCAUCUCGGAUAAUCCUAAGCAUGUUCCAUGGGAUCUUUGAUGGUGGAUCGUCGCAGCUACUGCUCGAGGAUGUGUCUUCAGUGUACUCAGGAAAGUCGCCAGCGCGGCGUAUCUCGCUGGAGCACAUUGUAAAGCACCAUUUCCAAGCCGAUCAUGCAGCAGCUGCCCGGUUCUGGCAGAAGCAUUUGGAGAACUAUUCUCCGGUCGUUUUCCCGUCUGUAACUUCUUACCGCCCUUCUUCAAUCAAGAAGACUGGCUGUGUAGAGGUUACUGCUCGCACGAGCUACGACCGCCUGAAGAGACAAUCCAAGUCCAUCGGCGCAACACCUCUUUCAGUGCUUCAGGCUGCUUGGGGUUCCGUUCUUCUGGCUUACACUGGUACUCCCGAUCACGACGUGGUUAUGGGCAGUGUCGUCUCUGGACGACUUGACGUGGACUCGGAAGUGUGCGUUGGACCAACCCUUGCCACUAUCCCCAUCAGACUUUCCCUAAGUCAGAUUCGUAAAGACUCGGGGGAUUGGUCGACUAACCGCUCUGUUGCGCGUCAUUUGACAAUGUUCAAUGCGGAAACACUUCCCUAUCUACAGACUCGUCUGGGAUCAUUGGUGAUGGCGGAUGGCCGACUUCCAUAUGACACGCUCAUUGUUUAUCAAGACUUUAACGCUAGCUCGAGCUCUAGUGGCCUUUGGAGCUCAGUCGACCACCCGGCCAUGGCAAAUGACUUUGCUGUCAUGAUCGAGAUUUGGCCUGGUGCUGAUUCAUCAUUGACCUUGCGAGCCAGCUUCAGCGAUGCGCAGCUUGAUCGCAGCUCAGCCGAAAUCAUGCUCGAGCAGAUGUCUGACAUCGUUGCCUUCAUACUCGAGCAUCCCGAUGGAAACUUCCAAGAUGCCUUAUUUCACACCGAGACUGGGUUGAAGUCAUGUUCCAACCCAACGCCGUCUACUGCCCCAGAAGUACUGGAGGGAGCCCUUCUGCAAUCCCAGUUCGAAGAGCACGCAGCCUCACACCCAGAAGACCCUGCCUUGAUCUUCAAGUAUGAUUUGGAAGAUGACAGUAAUCCUCGCAACAUCACAUGGUCCUACGCCAAGCUCAACGCUUUAGCGGACAAUCUCGCCGAACAUUUGCUUCAAACUGGCGCACAGUUGACAAACUCACCGAUACCUAUUUGCAUCGAGAAAAGCCCAGCCUCGUAUGUCGCUAUCCUCGGUAUUCUCAAAGCCGGGGGUGCUUGGUGUCCAAUCGAUACGUUCUCUCCUGCACAACGUCGCCAUGACCUUAUUGCACGGACUGGGUCAACGAUUCUUCUGGUCUCGAGUGCGGACGGGGCACAGCCAGAAGACUCGAUUCCCGUCGGUGUCGAUGUGAUCGAUGUUGACAAGUUCACCACUGAACCCACUAAUGUGGACGGAGCGAUGCGAAAUAAAACUAAUCAUAGAACUACCCCUGAUGGUAUGGCAUAUCUUAUCUGGACCAGUGGUACAACAGGAGCGCCAAAAGGGGUCCCGAUCAAACAUUCGUCGGCUGUUUCGAGUAUGAAAUCUCUCCAAAAGGAUAUCCCGACCGACGUGGCAGGUGGCGUACGUUGCUUGCAGUUCUCGCAGCAUACCUUUGAUGUUUCCGUCCAGGACCUCUUCUACACUUGGGGCGUGGGAGGUGUCCUUAUCUCUGCCUCGAGGGAAAUCAUGCUGGGUUCAUUUCCUAAGCUAGCAAACACCACGAAGGCAACGCACGCGCACCUUACCCCUGCGUUUUCUGCGGCUGUCUCCCGGAAGACCUGCGAGACCCUUCAGGUGAUUACCAUGAUCGGGGAAAAGCUGACACAGUCCGUGGCCGACGACUGGGGGACUAAUAUGAGAGCAUACAAUACUUAUGGCCCUGCGGAAGUGACGGUGGUUUCGACCAUAAGAGAGUUCGGAAAUGAGCACAUCAAUGUCAAGAGUGCAAACAUUGGCUGGCCAAUGGAUUCGGUAUCUGUGUUUGUAACCAAGAAUCAACGCCUCGUCAUGAAAAAUGCCAUUGGAGAGCUGGCGCUGGGCGGACCACAGCUCUCCCCCGGUUACUUGAGUCAAGACGAUGUCACCAAAGCCAAGUAUGUCUGGAAUGAAGAGGCGGGCCAGAUGGUGUACUAUACCGGGGACUUGGUUCGCAUGCUUGCUGAUGGCUCUCUGGAAUACAUCAGCCGUGUGGAUGACUUGGUCAAGCUAGGCGGUAUCCGAGUCGAGCUGAGUGAGAUCAGCUUCGCCCUGGACGAGUGCCAUCCUUUGGUUGAGAGCAUCGAGACGCUUAUUCUCAACCGCCCAGACCGGCCCAAUAAGGUCAUGGUUGCCUUUCUCUCCGCCCCCGGGGCUGCAAGGACAGCUGGCAGCGAGCAGCUCGUGUUGCUCGACGAGACGGCACUUGAAAUUGCCCGUGCCGCCAGCGAGAAGGCGCAAAGCUCUCUGCCUAGCUACAUGAUCCCAUCGGUUUAUCUCGUGGUAUCGUACAUUCCGAGAACAUCGUCCGCCAAGACAGAUCGCAGGGCCUUGCAAGCGGCCUAUGCUUCUAUAGAUAUCGAUAGCUGGGAAAAGGAGAUGAGCCCAGAGGCCGACAUUCAUACACAGAAUUCCGGGGAGGAGGACACCACGUCCAUAACCACCCAAGUGGUAGAGAUGAUCGCUUCACUCGCCAAUAUCUCCAAGCCAAGCAUCACGAGAUCCAGCCGUUUGCGGAGUUUGGGUAUCGAUUCUAUUCGCGCAACCCGGCUCGCAUCCAGGCUCAAGGAGGCAGGUCACCAUUUGUCCGUUGUCGAAGUCCUAAAAUGUGUGAGUGUCCAAGAUCUUGUCAAGCUAGCCUCGAGUGAAGAGGUGGAGAAUUCCGCUUUCGAGACAUUCAACGUGAGUGGGUUCAACGACGCCUGGCACGCAGCGGCAGCAAGUGGAGUACCGGAGGAUUUCGUCGUCGUGCGCGCGACCACGAUCCAAGAAAGUCUGCUCAGUGAGACUAUGGGCACAUACAACAUGUAUUGGAGCAACCAUUUCUUUUUGCUUGAUAGCUCGGUGGACGCCACGCGAUUGAAGCAGGCAUGGCUUGCGACCAGCCAGAAGGUCGAGGCAUUGAGGACUGGCUUCAUUCCUGUUGCUGAGGUUUAUAACGGCAGCAGUAGGUCUCGUGGAGAUCUUGACUUCUCCAUUUUACAGAUUAUCUACAAUCUGCCGGGUCUGGAUUGGGAACAUGUCAAUUGCUCCGAGCAGGAUUUGGUGGAGCUUCGGGAUACCCGAAUUGAGGAGAUCAUGACGAAACAUCAGCAGGCCUACUUUAAACAUCCCCCAUGGGCUGUUACUGUAUUCGACACUGGCGACAGGCAACUCAUGAUCUUCACUGUUCAUCACUCUAUCCACGAUGAGCCUUCACUGGGACUGAUCAUGGAUGAUGUGCGGUCCGCCUAUGCCUAUAAACCGCCCCCGAGGCAUCAACUUUGCGAUGCACUCUCAAUAGUUCUACCGACAGAAAGGCGAAGCAGCGCGACCAGGAGCUUCUGGGAAACAGAACUCACGAGAUUCUCAGAGCUGGACGCUCCGGUUUGGCCCGACCUUACCGGAAAGAGGCUACAACCAGGCGAAGUCCCCAAGUACGAGUUGAUCACUGAAGAGCUUCCGAUGACAGAGCCGGUGGAGAAGCUGCAAUCUUUUGCAGCUCAACUUGGAGUUUCAUCCAUUGCCUCGAUUAUUCGUGCCGCAUGGGCCUAUGUAUCGUUGGGUUACCUCGGUGUGCCAGCGAUUGUUUUCGCCGAGACCCUCUCCGACAGAGUCUUGCACGCCGAUCUCGAAGACUGCAUUGGACCACUCAUCUCCGUGGUACCGGUUCCGUUCAAUCCGACGGGAACCACUCGUGAGCUACUCGCAGAGCAACAUCGGCUUUCUGUUCAGUCCUGGAAGUACCGCCAUAUUCAUGCUCGCGAGAUUAGAAGAAUGCUCAAGAGGCCGAGGGGGGAGGCCCUGUAUCCAGCAGUGUUCAACUUCCAUGCUCCAAAUGAAGAGCCUGUGAUCGGCACUGAGCCGAGCAUUUGGCGUGAGGUUGAAGAUGAGGUCGGACUGCAUGUUGAGCAUCCCAUGGCCAUGAAUAUCUUCCAACGUACGGACGGCUCCAUUGUCCUCGAGGCAACUGCCGAUAGCAGCAUAAUGUGCCGUGCACAGCUGUCUCUUUUUGUCCGUCAAAUUGAUGGGCUUAUCAGUUCAAUGCUGGCAUCUCCAGAUGAGCCACUGAAAAGUCUCGUCAACCAUUUCCCAGCGGCUUUGCGGUCUCUAUCAAACCAGCCAGUCAGCGAGGAAGUAACUAACUCGGUGCGAAUGAGCCCAACGCACUGGUUGGAGGUGUACGCUGAGAAGCACCCCGAAUGGACAGCUGUCGAGGUGGCCAGCAGCAUAUCCUCAAGUGGAGUUGAAAAGGAAGCCAUGAGCUACGGUACCCUGAACUCUGAAGCCAACCGUGUUGCGGCCUUCUUGGCAUCUCUCGGUCAUAAGAACAGGAUGAUUGCGGUCUGCUCUGGACGAAACUUGCCUUCAUAUCCAAUCAUCAUCGGUAUCUUCAAAUCAGGAAAUACUUAUCUCCCAAUCGAGGAAGGUCUUCCUGUGGAUCGCAAAACGUUUCUCAUUGAGGAUAGUGAUUGCCCUGUUGUUUUCACGGAAACAGCACUUGCAUCUACAUUCGCGAAUAUCCCCAAGAGCUGUCGCGUGAUGUGUAUCGAUGAUCCGGAGCUCUCGACCUCACUUGCCGCAAUGUCACGCGAAAACCAGGACUAUAACUCUGACACCAACGACCUGGCAUAUCUGCUUUUCACAUCUGGCUCAACGGGUAAACCCAAGGGUGUCAUGGUGACUCGAGGCAACCUUUCGUCUUUUAUCGAAUCCUUCGGGGAGUUCACCUGUGGAUAUGCCCCCGUUACGUAUGAGUUGGGUGGUACAGGAAGAUAUCUUGCACAGGCUAGUCGGGCUUUCGAUCCCCAUCUCUUGGAGAUGUUCUUCCCCUGGCGUCAUGGAAUGGCCACGGUGACAGCUCCUAGGAUGAUGAUUCUUGAUGAUCUUGGUUUAACCCUUUCCAAAUGGGACAUCACGCAUGCAAGUUUGGUGCCAUCGCUUGUGGAUCAGGCAAACAUUGUACCAGAACAGUGUCCAAACCUGAGAUUCAUGACUGUUGGAGGUGAAAAGAUAUCGCAAAGGGUAUUAGACACAUGGGCGGGAUCACACAUGGCGCUUGUCAACGCGUACGGCCCGACUGAGUUGACUAUUGGCUGCACCUUUGCUCGCGUUGGGAAGGACACCAAUCUACGCAACAUUGGCCCCCCGCUGGCGGCCUGUGUCUGUCAUGUCCUUGUCCCUGGUACUCUUGACUAUGCUCUAAGGGGCCAGUCUGGAGAGUUGUGCUUUACUGGAGACCUUGUUGCAAGGGGAUACCUCAAUAGACCAGAUGCUACCGGGUUCGUCACCGGACCUCAUGGUGAGAAGAUGUAUCGUACCGGUGAUAUAGGACGCUUGAUGCCCGACGACUCGGUGGAAUAUCUUGGACGUGCCGACGACCAAACCAAAAUUCGUGGUCAACGAUUAGAACUUGGAGAGGUAUCGGAGGUAAUACGCUCAUCGUCGAGCGUCGGUAUCGAUGUUGUUACGACUGUUGCAAAACAUCCUGGCCUUUCGAGAGUCCAGCUGAUCUCUUUCAUCGCGCGUUCCGAAGCUCGCCAGCGUGAGAAGAGCGGCAAUGUCACCUUUUUUCAAUCCGACUUUGCAACAUUAGGCAGGGAACUUCAAGACAUUUGCAAGAGAAGGUUACCGAGCUACAUGGUGCCUGAGCUAAUCCUCCCGAUUACGUACAUUCCUUUGGCACCCAUGUCAGGCAAGGCAAAUAUCAAAGAACUGCACGGCCUCUUCGCGAGCCUUCCGCUUCCUACUGUGCUCCAAGGCAACAGCUCAUCGAGGAACGGGGCCACUAUCAGCCGGACAUUGACUGCCGAUGAGGAGGCUGUAGUGCGAGAGGUUUGCGGUGUCGUCUCGGCGAACCCUUCCAUCUUUGGGCCCAUGACAAAUAUCUUUGAGAUCGGCCUCGAUAGCCUUAGUGCCAUAGGUCUUACGAUCAGGCUCCGGAGAAUUGGUUAUGAGGUUACGGUAGCUAUGGUCAUGAGCAAUCCGGUUAUUGAGCAGCUUGCACGCUUGCCUAGGAGUUCCUCUUCUUCGGAAACGAAUAGUAUCUCCAAGGCGCGUCAAGCCUUCCACGAGAUUGAGUCCCAAUACCGAAAGCACCCCUCGCCAGGUGUCGAACCAUCUGACGUGUCCACAGUCAGACCUUGUCUCCCGCUCCAGGAAGGUCUGGUUGCUCGCUCAAUUAAUAGUGAAGGGGAUCAACUCUAUGUCAACCACGUUGUCCUCCAACUCGGGGCCGAUGUCGAUGCUAAUAAGUUGAGAUCUGCCUGGAACGCUGUUGUCAAUAACAACGACAUUCUGAGGACUUCGUUCGCGUCUUUGGACAAGCAGAUGGUGCAGAUCGUAUUCUCAGCUGAAUCCCACCAGGUCCAAUGGAAGGAGGAGGAAUAUGGCAGCUUGAAUGAGUCUAUCGAUCAGAACAAAGCACAGCAAGAGAGUAUCUCCCAGGACAUCAUUUCGAACAUUGCCACGAUGCCACCAGUACGGUUCCAACUAGCCCAGUCCUCGGAAACUAAAGGACCCCUUGCCCUCUUCAUCGGCAUCCAUCACGCCCUAUAUGAUGGCGAGUCGUUCAUGAUGCUGUUGGAGGAUGUUGCGGCACACUACGCAGCUCAGCCGACUCCGCGAAGGGGGUCGCCGUUGGCUUUCCUCGAAUAUGUAUGUACACAGGAUCAAGAAAAAGCUAAACAACACUGGGUCCAGUAUUUGGAGGGAUGUCGUCCGACAAUCUUCCGUGCUGACUCCAAUGUCACGGAACUUCCGACUGCCAUACACAGGAAGCUCGGCAGUAAGCUCUCUGAGCUGGAACGCCGUUCUGCAACUCUCCAGACUACAGUACCAUCCUUGAUGCAGGCAACCUUUGCGCUUUUGCUGGCCGAUACCGUGGGUGCGGCAGAUGUAACCUACGGAUUGGUCCUUUCUGGUAGGGCUGUGUCGGUGCCAGGAGCAACCUCGGUGCUUCUCCCUUGCAUCACUACCGUCCCCGGACGUCUCAAUACCGCUGGCAUGGACACAGUUGAUGAAGUGGUGGAGAACGUCCAAAAGUCCACUGUGAGGUCGCUUGAUUUCCAGCACACGUCCCUGAGACAUAUACAAAGAUGGACCAAUGCACAAACUCCUCUGUUUGACUGUCUGUUCUCAUACAUCCGGGCAGCCACGCCACCAGGACACCAUUUGUGGCAGGAGCUAGACAGUCAUAUGCCGGCUGAGUAUCCGUUGGCAGUCGAAGUCGAAGCCAAUCAUCUCACGGAUACCAUUCAACUUAACAGUUAUUUCUCGUCUGCCUUUGGUUUGUCUUACAGUGGAGAAGACUUCCUCGAGAAGAUGGAUGCUGUGCUCUCGAGCAUUGUAUCAGGAGAGGUUCUUUCGCUGGAGAACUUCAAUGUGUCUCACUCAUCGGUACCUGGUUCACCUUCUGCGGUACAGUGGGACAACAAUACAUGGUCCACCACCGAAUUAACGAUCCGUGAAUACACUAUGGCUUUCUGCGAGCUAACUUCGGCCGAAGUUACUAAGGCCGCUUCUUUCCUAAGUCUAGGCGUGGAUUCGGUGACAGCGAUUCAGUUUGCACGCCAACUACGUGAAGCAGGGCUUCAGGUCUCUUCUGCUGAUGUUAUGCGUUUCUCAUGUGUCGGUGCAUUGGCUCAGCACGUGGAGCAUGUCUCAACCCAGGCCCUUGUCAACGGAAAUGAUGACGGUGACAAGACUAGUAUCGAUAUCCCUGUUGACAUGUACAAGGAACACGUCCGUCUUCUUGCAGAGAAUGACUCGAUCUCGGUGAUGUUCGAGACUACGCCACUGCAGUCCGGAAUGAUCACACAGACUCUUGCUUCAGCCGGACAGGUCUACGUCCACCCGCACCCCAUCCAGCUGAAGGAGUCGGUCGAUACCACUCGGCUAAAGGAUGCUCUUAUGAGGGUUGUUGCGGCAAAUGAUAUACUGCGUACAUCUUUCCAUCUGAUCGCAGAGCUUGGGUCGUCCUGGAUUGGUGCCGUGCAUACUAAUCCUCCUUUUAAGUGGAAGGAGAUUACACUGCCUUCUGGAGCUGAUGUUCUGGCUGAAGUCAGCUCUCUGUAUACAUUCAACGAAGAGUCUUCAUUCGAGCUUCCACCGAUCCGGUCCAUCCUGGUCAACCAGCCGGAAUGCAGGCUAUUCGUCAUUGUUCUACAUCACGCUCUCUAUGACGGUGCAUCAAUUCCUUUCCUCUUUGAAGAUCUGGCGGUAUGCUACGAAGGUGGUAACCCCUCGGAAAGGCCACAGUUCUCGGAAACUGUGAAGCAUAUCUUGAGCGGGCAGGAGGAAGCUUGCAAGUUCUGGACACAAAAGCUAAGUGGAUACGAUGUGACUGAAAUCCCUGAACUCCCCAAGGUUGAGUCAUCCGACUGCAUGUUUCUUUCUGAGCGCCGUGUGGAUCUUGACUUGUCGGCCGUAAUCGAGGCCUGCAAGGCAAUGGAGGUCACUGUUCAGAGCGUUUCUCUCCUAGCAUAUGCCAAGGUGCUAGCUAGUGUGAUUGGAAAGCGUGAUGUCGUCUUUGGACAAGUCCUCGCAGGCCGCUCGCUGCCUGUCGCUGGUGCAGAACGAACCCUUGGUCCGUUGUUCAACACUGUCUCUCAGAGAGUGACUUUUGAGCCCAAGUUCCUGAGCAACAAGGCCGUGGCCCAGCGUUUGCAGCAGCUUACGAUUGAUUCGCAAGGUUAUCAGCACGCGCCGUUGAGAGUUGUGCAGAACUCUUUGAGGCAGGCCAAUAACAUGACAUCGUCUAGCCUUUUCGACACGCUCUUCGUUUUCCAGAAAAGUGCGGACUUGGCGGGCAGCGUCAUCGAAGAGCAGCAAAUUUGGACGCCUUAUGAAACGGAUGACUACGCGGCGCAGGCCGAAUACAAGCUCAACAUCGAAGUCGAUCAUGCCCGCGAUGGACUUGUAGUACGAGCAACUUGCAAUGGCCGUUACCUCUCCCAAGGAACGCUUGACCAUCUUAUGGAUGAGUUUGCUACUGUUUUUCGUGACAUCAUCGAACAUCCAACUAGAUGCGCAACAAUUGUACCCGACGGUCUUGGUGAACUCCCGGUAAAACUGUCCUUGGGCCAGACAGUUGAUUCCGAGAUCGAAACGUUCGAAGCACCUUCCCAUGAAGCCAUCGUUCAGUCUGUGCUCGCCGAAGUUUCCGGUGUUUCUGUGGACAAUAUCACACCGAACGCGAGCAUCUUCAACAUUGGAUUGGACUCUUUGUCAGCUAUCCGCAUUGCCUCAAUCUGUCGGUCCAAGGGUCUGAGGACUGGUGUAGCCGACAUUCUCCAAGGAAAUACUCUGCGUGGUAUCAGCCAGCGCAUUCGGCCGAUGUCCGAGCAGACAAUCCAACCCCAAGGCUCACUUAUCAAAGACUACGAGAUGGUACAGGCGACUGUACUCCAGCAGCUGGACCUAAGCAAGGAUUCCAUUGAGACAAUUCUGCCUUGUCUAGGUGGCCAGUUUCACCACCUUGUCAGCUGGUUGAAGUCUGGACGGACGCUCUUUGAACCUGCCUGGGCAUACUUCUGCUCCGAGCGAAUCGACAGCACAAUUAUGGAGAAGGCGUGGUUCCAACUCCGCCAACGGCACCCCAUACUCCGCACUUGCUUCGCAGCUGUAUCCUCCUCAGAAGCCGUGCAGGUCGUUCUCAAGCAGGCAAUGCGCGACACGAACACAUUCAAGGUCAUCCAGUCCUCUGCCUCCAUCACCGAAACGGCCCAAGCACAGGCGAGAGAAGAGGUCCUCCACCCAUCCACCCUAUUCACACCCCCCGUCCGACUCCGCCUCUUGAACGCCAGAGACAGGGACGGCAUUCUCGUCCUCAUCAACCACGCCGCAUACGAUGCCUGGACCAUGCCAAUGUUUGUGACCGAGCUAGCACAACUCUAUCGCAGUCAAGCUCCCGAAACCAACCCGGACUUUCCUGCUUUCGUCGACUUUUCCGUGCGCUCUCUCCAGACCCUUGACGAACAGAAAUACUGGACCUCUACUCUCAAGGCCGCCACACCCACUCUCAUCCACAACACUCGCCCCGAAUCCUCCCCCAUCCCAGACCAACUAUUCAUCGGCGCCUGGGAAAAGGUCAAAAACCUCUCCCGACUCGAAACCAAAUGCCGCUCCUCCAACCUCAGCCUCCAAACCGUCGUUCUCCUCGCCAUCGCCCGCUGCAUCGCGCGUCUCACCGACGUCCAAAACCCAACAAUGGGUCUCUACCAAACCGGCCGCUCCGCCUCCUUCAACAACAUCGAGAGCCUCUCCGGUCCCUGCCUCAACGUCAACCCGUUCACCAUCCCCGACGCUCAUCCCAACUCCACCACCGACCUCCUCACCCAAGCCCGCGCCAUCCAGUCCUCCCUCGCAGAACGCGUCUCCUACGAACAGAGCUCCCUCCGCAACGUCCUCCAAUGGACAAGCUCCACCGAGAAACCCCUCUUCAACGCCUGGGUCAACCUCCUCUGGAUGCAAAAUGCCAUCCCAUCCCAAGCCGAGAUCGAUGCAGCGGAUCCCGACGAUCUCUUCUUCCCGCUACGCAUCGGUGUCCCGACGGACUUUAUUCCUGCGGAACCAUUGGAAGAAACACUCACUUCCGUAUCAGCUCUGGAUACGAGUUUCUUGCCAGCAGAGAAUGUGUUCAUUGAUGUUGGACCGGACGCGUUAACGGACUCGAUUGGGUUUGGCGUGCGCGUUGAGGGUGGAAUUCUGAGCGAGGAGGAGGUGAAUGCGCUUGUUGAUGAGAUUGGGAAGGAAAUCGAGAUGAUUGUGGGGAGUUUGCAAUGAGACCAUCCACCAAACAAACAGCGCUAUUUGGAAGGAGAAGGAAGCCAUAUAGAUACGGACGGACAUAGACUGCAUCUGGUGUUUAUUUUGCAAAUGCAAAAUUGGUUCAUUGUGAUCGUGAUUGUGAUUUACUAUCAACUGAUUUUGUAUGAUUCAAUCUUGUUAUGUUAGUUAGAUCAUUGAUAUAAACUACUCCGUACUUGG